ACCACAAAAAAGUUGCUUUAAUACAGUUAGAAAUAUACGCUCUUCUGUGUGUUUUGACUACCUUCUGCGUAAUCCGUUGUCCUAAAAAAAAAGAAUUCCUACAUGUUAAAUAGCAAAUAUUAUGUCUCGACAGAAUUAUAGAAGACAAUACUUGAAUCAUCCACAGGAAGCUUAUUCUAGGGGAGGUCCAGCAGAGGCAGCAUUUACUGAAUUUUCGCAGCCAUAUGUGUAUCCAGAUCAAGGUUUUGAAUAUUAUGGUGUUCCAUAUAUUCCCAAUAUUCAAACAUCAGAAUCAUAUUGGUAUAAUGGUGGGCUAGAUUACAAUUAUAGCACUAUGGCUGCCACACCAUCAAUUAUGGUGCCACCAUUUCUUGCUACCCGAAGUAUUUUUUCAGCUGAUGCACCAGAGUUUGUCUCAAAACAUUCUGCUCUAACUACAAAUGGCAAUAGUAUGGAUAAUGCAGUACAACAUCCUUCCAUUAAAAAAAAGAAAAAGAAAAAGAAAAAAGCAACAAGUACUUCGUUGGCAACUUCAGAUUUGCCAUGUGAUGACAAUGAGGAAAAAACAAAAAACACACAAGGGUCUUCAAUUGAAAAACAAGUAUGCAAUCCAGUACAACAAAGUCAUCCAAUAAAACUGGGAUUGCCCAAAUCAACCAUAGAAGAUAGAAGUCAACUGCCAGCAGAUCAUUCACAGAUGCUACAAAAAAUUCAGCCAAUAAAAGAAGCUAAAUCAGUUCGAUUUCAAAAGACUUCAGAAGAAGAAAAAAAGGACGUUGAAGAAAAAAAAACAGAAAUACUGGCUAAAAAUAAAUUGGUUAAAGAAGCCAAAUCAGUACGAUUUCAAGAAGUUUUGGGAGAAGACAAAAAAGAUUUGAAAAUAAAGAAACCAGAGAUAUUAACAAAAAGUGAACCUGUCAAAGAAGCCAAAUCAGUUCGAUUUCAAAAACCGUCAGGAGAAGAGAAAGAGCGCAGAGCAAUAAAUAAUCCGAAGAUGUCUAGUAAAAAUGAAUCAUCAGGAGAAGCCCAUUCUGGCACAUGGUCUAAACCACUUUCAAAAGCUAACAUAUCACAGGAGUGCAGCAAAGGGACACUGAAAAUGAGCUUCGCCGAUAAGUUAAAAUCAACUGUACCGACGAAGAGCCCAUAUCUGGAUUGGAGAGAUCAAAGAACUAAUGCCGUCAAUGCUCCUAUCAAACCUAAUCCAAAUAUCAAUUUUUUUAGGGAUGAAAAUGCACAUACCCAACAAGUAACAGUCACGGCAGCUGAUGAAGCUUUCGAUAAUGAUGGCUUUAAAACUGUAUCAAGAAAGAAAUCAAAAGACAAGAAACCUGAAACAAUAUCAGAAGAGGCGAUAAAAUCUUUACCGGAUAGCAAACCUUGCGUAUCAGCAGAAGCUGAUGCAAAAAAGAAAUUAGAAAAAGAACGGAAAAAAAUUCGGGAAAAACAAAAGAAGAAACAAGCUAGAGAAGAGAAGCUGUUGGCUGAAAAACUUGCUCCAAAAGGUCAAAAGGUUACUAUAAUUACGCCCAAAUUGAUGGAACAGUUUUUGCAGUCGGGCCGAAGAACAGUUGGACCUAGUAAACCUGUGAUGAAGCUGAACGAAGAUAUGUUCCCAGCUCUUGGAAAACGUGGUGCAACAGGCAAUGUCUCAGAAUCUGAAUCUGAAUGGGAAACCACCGAAAUCGAAAUAGUUCAAAAGGAACCAGUCGUAACCCAACGAAAUGUCAAACGUUCCGAUCCCAUUGAGUUUGAUUUAAUGGCCUUAAUUACAAAAAAGAACACAAAAAAGAAAACGACAUCCGACAAUUCCAAAAAGAAUAAAAGUCGGCCAGGAUUAGUCGCAAACGUACUCGACCGAAGUGCACCUACGUUGAGCAGAGGCAAAAUCCGAAAUAAGAAGCGAAAAUUGAGUGAAAUUCGUAAAGCGUUGCUUGCAGCGAAGGCUAAGAAGAAAAUUGCCCAUGAGAAAGAAGUACCUGUCGUUCGAACGAAUGGAACCCGGCCACAUGUUUUACACUCCAAAAAAUUUCGCGAGUACUGCGACCAGAUGUUGACAGAUCAAAUCGAUUUGUUAUCAAGAGACAUGUUAUACCACUUGAGAAUGUUUCAAGAUCGAGUGUACAAGAAGGAUCCUAUUAAAGCCCGGAUGAAGAAACGGUUGGUGGCAGGCUUGCGAGAAGUGACCAAGCAAGUUGAAAGAAAUCGUGUGAAAAUCAUCUUCCUUGCUCCAGAUAUUCAACGUUGUCCAGAGACGGGGGGCCUAGAUGAGGCUGUGAAGCGAUUACUUGAUUCUGCACGCAGACUAGAUUUACCGAUCGUGUACGCCUUGUCACGUCGCAAACUAGGCCGCGUCCUUUUCAAGAAGGUACCAGUGUCUUGUUGUGGGAUUCUUAACUACCAAGCCACAGAGGAAACCUGGAAGCAGCUUACUGAAGCUGUGACAGUUGCAAGAGAAAAUUACCAACAGAAGCUUCAAGAGCUGGGUCUCGUAGGCGACGUAAAAGAAAAGGUCACGAAAGUAGACGAUCCUUCCCAUAAUACAGCAGCUGUAGACGUCGAAAAGAAACCUGACCAAACAGAUACUCUUCUAGAGUUAAUGAAGUUAAGUCUGAAGAACUCACAUUAACUGUCGUAAUUUAGGCCAUUUUCGCACUAUUCUUCCCCACACGCCAUUUGAUGAAGACGAAGAGAUGAUGUAAUUAUACUAUGAGCUGUUUA